UUAUAUUGAAUGUAAUGAAAGUCAUUUUUAUUUAUAUUAUUGCUACCUAUCUCAUUCUUUUUUAGUGUCAGUAAAUCGUGAGUCGUAAUAUAUUGGUUAGCUGGCCUAACUGACAAAAUACGAACUCUAUACUUUACUCAAUUUUCUUUUUUAAUUUCACCCUUCCACAAAAAUUACUAAAUACGACCUCGCUUCCCAAAAAUUGCGGGAAAGAGUUAACUCGUCCGUAAAGGUUCCUGAAACAUUUGCUUAGCUCUUGAGUUCACCCAAACUCUAUCAUCAAACCCAGUUUGAAUUGAGAAUAAUCAGAAUAUGAGUGCAAGUAGCUUGGUUGCAGAGGCAGUCUGGAAGGCCAUUGAAUCAGCUGGUUCAGUGACCGAUGAACAGCUUUCCAUGUUGCAUUUCUUGUUUGGUAAGAACUUGGAGCGAGCGACUAGGAUAGUCGAUCAAAGAGGUGUCAAGAGGAUUUUCGGUGAGCCCAGUGGACGUUCUAUAUUUCAGGUUGUAGGAGAAUCCCGAAGGAAGGAGGAGUACUUUUGUUUUGCUGAACACUAUUGCGCUUGUUAUUCAUUCUUCUAUGACAUUGUAAACAGAGGAGAGCAGCUUUGUUGUAAGCAUCAGUUGGCUGCAAGACUUGCUGCAGCAUUGGGAGCAUGCAUUGAAGAUAAGGUAUCUGAUGAGCAGUUAGCUCUACUGCUUUCCAAGCUAUGACAUAUACGGCCAUAACUAAAAUUUGGUAAUAGGAGUUGAAGAGAUACUACAAAAGCAGGGCACAAUUGAAUUUGUUCAAAUACUUGUUCUACAUGAACUGCAAGAAUAAUGUGAAAUUCGAUAUUGCGAUUGUAGGAAAUACAGAUGUUGUGUAUCCUAUACGGUUGUAGAGAUCGCUUAGCAUAAAAUGUACAUAUUCUUUGGUCGGAAGAUUAGAACCGCUACAAGCAUUAUCUGAAAUAUGAUUGUUUUAAUGAGUGUUA